GAGAGUUUGCGAGUCAUUUCAAGCUGCGAGACUCGUCGGUUUCGGACGGAAGCUCGUGCGCUUUUCAACUUAGGAAAAACUUGACACAGAGAAGUUCAAGAAUUUUGUUUUUUACUCCUCCGAACGUUUAACUUUAAAUUUCAGUUCUGGAUGAUAUGACAUCCUGUGCGCCGGAUGGAUUUUCCCUGUUUGUUAAAUUUUAUUUUAUUAUUUGUGGUGUCUUGUUUAGAUAUAUUUCAGUGAGCGAGUGUUUGCGGAUUUUUGCAGAUACUUUUUCAAAUUUUUGUCGUGUGAGUUGGAUUGUAAGAGUGAAUCGACUUUAAAGGUUCGAUGCGUGCCAGCGGAUCCAUGAGGAGACAUAUGUCUCCAUGGUUACUUGUUGAUGCCACAUGUUAAUAUUCAGGUUUCUUCAAAUUGCCUCCCUAGCGUACCUGUGUAGUUUAUUCUUCAAAAUGGUUUCAUGUAAUCGCCUGCCUGUCGAUUUAGAGAAGGAAGCCCCGACGUAUCUGGCAGACUCUCGAAUCCAAAGGACGUACAAACUCUACAACCAGUGUAGCAGUAAGCACGUACAGAUCGUCGGAAAAGUGAUCAACGCGAAAGGACAGUCAAGCAGCGCAAAUGUGAACUUAAGUUUCAUCUCUGCACCUGACAAGAACCAUCCGAAUGCGAUACAGAUUAUAGGGCAGAAAUCUGGGCGCUACGUCUGUUUCAACAAGAAAGGAAAGCUAAUAGCCAGGUUCAAUGGUAAAAAGAGGCUUUGUAUGUUCGAAGAAAAUUUCAGUGAAGACCACUACACAGUGCUGCAAUCGAUCUUUAAUAAAGAUUGGUACGUAGGCUUCAAUAGGAAGGGCAAGCCACUCAAAGGAAAUUUACACAAAACAAAAAAGAAGUGCUACCACUUUAUAAAAAGGGAUCAUCCAUAUGGUUUAAAAGACCCUAUGGGUCCUGGUCCCAGAAUCAAAGACCCAUCGAAACUGAAAGACUUAUUAACGGGACGUGGUCACACCCCUUUGCGCCAUAGGAAAAUAGUGCCAAGAACGCCUACAAGGUGAACCCACCACCGAAAUCGACAAGCUUCAGAUGUUAGAUUUCUAAUUUUUUGGUUGUUGCUUCUUUCUUUCCAACGUGAAUUUUUUGAGAACCAUUCUCCAAGGCAGGACCUUGGCGAGAUGUAACUAGGCUGAUGCUUCGAUGUUCAUCCAUUUUUCUCGAGAACUAUUGCUGGGGACCGGCUAUGCGUUAUUGCAACUAAAGGAAGUGCCAAUUUGUGUUCUCUGAAACCGAAGACAGACUAUACGCCUGCGGACUUUCCUCGAAUGCAACUAGAUGUUCGAAUAGUAGCCACAUUAUACGUAGGUCUUUUGAACUUGAUGUUAUUUAUUCGAAAAUAUAGAAAUUUAUUUAUUGCAAUGGUAGUAGGUUUUAGAACUCUAAUAGUUACAUUAGAUAACACGUUGUGCAUUUCGUAUUGUGUCAUGUCAACGUACGGGUUAUAAAUUUGCUUAGCCUUUUCGGAAGGUUCAGAAUAAUUAAAAGUAAUAUUGCCAUUCCAUGUUUUUACAAUAUUGCACCGAAAAGUAUGAAUUUCCCAAAGGGGCAUCCUAUCUAAAGUAAUGGUUGUUAAUUUUAAAAAAGAAUUCUGUGUUACAAACUGAUUAGUAAGAAAGGAAAGUCUGCUAUCUUUUAUCUUUACGUUAUUGAGUCGUCGUGAAAUGGCAACAGCUCGCCCGCACACGGCAAAAAGUCAUGUAUGUUUAGUGUUUUUGCCAAUACCUGUACAGAACAUUUUCUUUAUAUGUGUUAUUCAAAUCAUGUGCCAUCUCUAACUAGAUGCUGAUUGCAUAUUAUGUUAUCAUCUGAAAGAACUUUGUUUUAAGUCAUUCCAGUUAUGUAGUUGAUAAAAAGUUCUGACAUUAAAUGUAUAGUACAUAUUGUAAAAAUUUGAACGAAAAGGGGACAAAUUUAAUCUCUAAUUUUCUUUUAAUUUUUUUUUAAAUUUUUAGUUUUUUUAAUUAUUUUCACUAUACACUUUAUAUUUAAUAUCAUGAAAAAUAAAUUAAUUUCUUAAUUUGUAAAAUGUAAGAAAUUAUUAUUAUUUUGGAAAAGACCUGUUCUGUAACUUCAGGGUGUAAUUAAAAAAUUAAUUAUAAUGCCAUGCAUUUUAAGUCUCCUUUUUUAAUUGUAAUAAAAGCAGUCUUAAUUGUAUCUAUUUUUUCAAUUGUGUGAAAAAUAUUAGAAUUUGAAUGUCCAUGACACUUUAUCACUUUUUCCCCCGUUCUUCAGGGAGAAUAAAUAUUUGAAUGUAACACCUUAAAUUGCUGUUAUCUAUCAUAUGCUUCAAUGUAUUUGCGUCUAUAGAGUACAGUAUGGAAGAAAUAAGCGUAAAAAUGUGUCAGUUACGUAAAUGAAUUUAUUUUCAAAAUUCUGAACGUUUACAAAAAAUGUGACUUUGUAUUUUAUUUUAACUAACUGUGCAAUUUCUGUAAUUACUUUCUCACUGCCAGCUUUUUAAUAUAUGCAGGUGAAGAUGGCUUAUUUAGAAAGGUAUUUUAUUUUCAUAUUAAAUACCGCGUACCUAUAAUGUUAUAUUCACGCAUCUUCAAACACGUUUAAUAAGAUUAAUUAAGGAUGUAAAUUCACCCUGUUACAACUCACCAACUGCUCAAACCGUAUUUAGCGUCUUUGAAUACUUGAUCCUUAGUAUACUGUCGAUCAUCGAAGUAUUACGAAUGCUACAAUAUUAAGUUUGCCAUAAAUUUAAAAGAAAGGAUUAAGUAUUCCAUACAGAUGUUGUAUUUUCGGGCAAUCAUUUAGUUAUAAACAAAAUAUUAGAAAAUGUGUUUUUAAUUGUAAAUUGUUACUUUAUAUUGAUGAUUAUUAAAACACACGUAUUCCGUACUAGUGCGCUCGCAAACAGUGCUCUUUUGUUUUACAAAUAAAAUGCUUGGGAUGCUCCUGCGUAAAGUCAUUCGAUAGUUCCUAUUUUACCAACUACGUACUCGUAUUUGUCGCAUUCUAAUAAUUCUGACAACAUUUCAAUAUUUUUUUCAUUACUACCCAAUGAUUAAUUCUAUAGUCCAGAAGGUUAUUUAAUUAUGUGUAUUGUUAAAAUUUCCCGUCUCAUGAAAAUCCCUUUUCACUGAAUGUUACAGCUAGAGUAUUUGUAUGAAUUUGUAGGAUUCUCCAUUGUGUAAUUCUAAGUUAACGUUGAAAGUGAAGAAUUUUCUAACGUUGAAAGUGAAGAACUUUUAAGCGAAUAAUCGCUUGAGGAAACAACAAGAUAGAAGGAUAAAAUAACUCUUUAUUA